UACCGGGCGCAUUGGCUAUGGAACGUAUCUAUAUUAUGCUGCAAUAUCAUCUAAGCUGGCUCCAAUGGCCUGGUGGAGUCAACCGAGAAUCAAUGGUUUCGAAUGGAUGAUACGUAUGUCGCGGCUGCUGAAUCGCGUUCGGAAUGAUCUGUAGCGCAUAGGAACCUCAAGAACUACCUUGAAACGAACAGCCAAUCGAGUCACGGUCGCUGACAUGAUGCAUGAAGACAGGGCAACCAUGGAUCCACACCAUCGCAGGCGAGCAUAGCACAGGAAAGAUGGUUGAAUUGUCUCCAUGACGGAAACGUUUGAAACCAUGUUCAGUUCUCUGAUUACUCGGGUUGUGAAUUGUAUAUCAACAAGUCCCAGGGUGUCUGAUCAUUCGGGCUCUCGUCGCAACACAACAAACUUCUCGAAGCUAAACAGAUUCAAUCCCCGACUUAAUGAUAAGGGAUUGGUAUCUCAAGGGAGAUUGUUGCCCCUGCGAGAUACUAAUACUAACACCGUGUCUGUGACAAGGACCAUGUUUUCGAGUCGAGAUCAGCACUGGCCAAUUAGAGACUGCAAGGGCCCCUUUCAUAAAAUUGGUGGGGGAGAGGCUGGUAGGUAUGAUUGGUGUCGUUCUGUACACACAACUGUAAGGCAUCUUCAUGUCAUGGUAUCUGCAGAGCGUGGCCUUCGCGUGGCAAGUUGUGGAUCAGCGUCAAGACCCUUACGGUGUUCGUCUGAGGGGGAUGGUUCUAGGCCUGGGGUGCAUCGAUUAAGAGUCGAUGCCAGGCGGGGCCCCACAAACUAAUGAACGACGACGACAACAACAACAAUAUCACUGAUCGGGCACCUUGGACCUCUUCGAAUCUUUCGAGUAAGUAGGCUGGCUCACUCAUUCCGCAAUGCCGGUCAUCUUCAUUAGACUUUUGCGAUACUCGUAAAGUUAUCCCUUGACAUAUGGUGGCCCACACUAUCGAUCGAGCCCUGACAUCGGGUGACUCCGACCGACACU